AUGACAGUAGGACAAAAACUUGUUAAAUUAACUUCUUCCGAAGGAACAGAGUUCAAAGUUGAAAGAAUCAUAGCUGAAAAGUCAAUUUUAUUAAAAAAUAUGCUUGAUGAUGUUGGCGAAAAAGACAUGUUAAUUGAGUAUUGUACGCAUCAUCGUGAUGAACUGAUGACAACUACGGACGACAAUUCUAAGAGGUCAUCAACAGCAGAUGAUAUUGAUGAUUGGGACGCUGAAUUUUGUAAAGUAGAUCAGGGAACAUUAUUCGAAUUGAUUUUGGCAGCAAAUUAUUUAGAUAUAAAGCCUCUUCUUGAUCUUGCAUGUAAAACUGUUGCAAAUAUGAUUAAAAGCAAAUCACCCGAAGAAAUUAGGAGGACUUUUAAUAUUGAGAAUGAUUUUACACCUGAAGAAGAAGAACAAGUUCGUAAAGAAAAUGAAUGGUGCGACUAA